AUGGGAGUCAACACAGUUCAGAGGCACACAAAGUACUUGGGGAUCCCGAUUAUCUUUGGUAGAUCGAAGAAAGAUAUUUUCAAGCUUGUGGUUGACAGAGUUCAGAAGAAAGUGAAAGGCUGGAAGGAAAAAGCCUUGUCAAAAGCUGGAAAAGAAGUACUCAUUAAAUCUGUGGCCCAAGCAAUCCUAAACUACAUCAUGGGAUGCUACAAAAUGCCGGAAUCAGUUUGUCAAGAGAUCGAGAGCACUGUGGCAAAAUUUUGGUGGGGAAGUAAGGAGGGUGAUAGGAAGAUCCAUUGGAUGCGAUGGGAAAGAAUGGCCAAAUCAAAGAAAGUAGGAAGAUUGGGGUUUAGAGGCUUCAGCGAGUUCAACAAAAGCUUGUUGGGCAAGCACUUUUGGAGACUAAUGCAGGAGGAAGGAUCUUUGUUGGAAAGAGUGUUCAAGAGCAGAUACUAUCCCAACCGGUCCAUCGAGGAGAGUAACUAA